GUACUAUGUAGGUUUUGCUUAUCCUCCAUUCGUACUACGCCAGCCAUAUACGCCAUUCAUGUUGUUUGCCUUAUGGUUAAUAUCUUCCAAUCUUUAAUCCAUUACUUUGCAGCUACUGCAUGGUGUGGGCGAUCUUACCCUACUCUGAGCGUAAUUACGAGCUCCCGGUAUGCCGCUAGGUUUGCUCUCCAGACGGUCGGGUACCAAUAGUACAGCGACUCGUGGUGACCAUUCGCCGACUUUGUUUGCUGGCUAUGGAUCGUGUGACAUCGCCAUUAUAGGUUUCUCCUUCAUAUUUCCACAGGCAGAUUCUCCAGAAUCUUUCUGGGACGUUUUGAUAUCUGGCAAAUGCGUAGCAUCCCAGUUCCCCCAAGAGCGCCUUCGUAACUCACAACGCCACGAUGGGGGUAAGGAUGGUAUAGGAGCUGUUCUGCCCCAAAAAGCCUCUUUCAUACAGAAAACAAUUGGCUCGUUCGAUGCUCGAUUCUUUGCGAUGACGUCUGAAGAAGCAGAAGCGAUGGAUCCGCAGCAAAGAAUCCUUCUAGAAACGACCUACCGCGCUCUUGAAAAUGCCGGUAUUCCGACGGAUACAAUCAAAGGCUCGGAUACGUCCGUACAUACUGGGUGCUUUACUGCAGACUAUGCUCUCAACGGGGCGAGGGACCCGGAUAACCUACCGAAAUAUGCCGCUACCGGUAUGGCAGGCAGUAUGCUCUCCAACAGAAUCAGUACAUAUUUCGAUUUGACUGGCCCUAGCAUUACUGUCGACACUGCUUGCUCGAGUAGCCUCGUGGCCCUAGAUUUGGCAUGCCAGUCUAUAUUAGAUGGCCGAUCAAAGAUGGGUAUUGUAGCCGGUUGCAAUCUCUUACUAGCCCCUGAUCUUUUUGUAAGUCUUUCCAAUCUUGGUUUCCUAUCCCCGGACGGCGUCUGUCAUAGCUUCGAUUCCCGAGCAAAUGGCUAUGGUCGAGGCGAAGGUUUUGGUGUCUUGAUUAUAAAACCUGUCGACGCUGCCGUCCGAGAUGGUGAUAUAAUACGUGCUGUCAUUCGGUCCGUAGGCACAAACCAAAAUGGCCACACCAACCUUGCACAGCCAAACAAGGAAAUGCAAAGACAGCUUAUAGAGAAUACUUAUCGUAAAGCAAACCUCGACCUAUCCCAGACCCGGUACUUUGAAGCACACGGCACUGGCACGGCUUCAGGUGAUCCCAUAGAAGCAGGUGCAAUUGGAGACGCAUUUCGUCCAGGUAGAGAUCCAGACGACCCUUUGAUUGUAGGCACUGUGAAAGCAAAUAUCGGACAUCUUGAAGGAGCUGCGGGAAUUGCGGGGGUAAUAAAAACCAUUCUAGUUCUGGAGAAUGGUGUCAUCCCCCCUAUUGCACAGCUUGAAAAUAUCAAUGAGGAUAUUGAUACGAAGUUUCUGAAGCUUAAGUUCCCAAAAGUUCCAGUGGUUUGGCCACGUCCGGGACUGCGCCGUGCUAGUGUUAAUAGCUUUGGCUUCGGAGGAACAAAUGCGCAUGUUGUUCUAGAUGACGCCUGGCAUUAUCUAGAGGCUCGGGGGCUUGCGGGAAGACAUUGCACAACAACAAAUUCAUCCAGCGUGCAUGACCCAACGCCCGGUUCAGCAAAUAUCCCCUCUUGUCAGAACCAGCUUCUCUUCGUCUGGUCUGCUGCUGAUCGGAAUGCAACAUUACGCAUGGUCAAAGAGCAUCAGAAGUAUAUUGAGAGAAGCGAGGUAGGAAACGAUAAAUUUACUCCAAGAGAUCUCACAACUCUAGCAUACCUACUUGCACAAAGGCGUACUGUGCAUUCGUGGAGAGUGUUUGCGGUCGCUGCAUCCGCAUCUCACCUUGUGAAGCAAUUGUCGACACAAAUAGAGCCAGUUCUAUCAGCUCACAAUCGAAAAAUGGCCUUUAUUUUCACGGGCCAAGGGGCACAGUGGGUCGGGAUGGCCAAAGAGCUUUUCUCGUACUCGGUUUUUCAGAAUUCGGUAUCUGAGGCAGAUAAGUUUCUACAGAGUAUUGGGUGUUCUUGGAAGGCUAGUGAUCUCUUACUCGGUAAUUACGGCCAUGAGGUGAAUAUUCACGACCCUCAAUUUGCGCAGCCUCUCUGUACUAUAGUGCAGAUUGCCAUCGUCGAUCUUAUGCGGUCAUUUGGCAUCCAUCCAACCAUUUCGGUUGGGCACUCUAGCGGAGAGAUUGCGGCAGCAUAUACCAUUGGAGCCAUCUGCCAUCACUCUGCUCUAAAAUUGGCGUAUUUCCGUGGUCUCCUUUCAAGCGAGUUGGCGGCCUCGCCACUCGGAGGUUCUCGCGGGACGAUGAUGGCAGUAGGGCUAUCAGAGACUACCUUGCGCCCCUAUCUCGACGAAAUCCUAAGCAGCGCGCAAGAUGGCAUAUUGUCGAUAGCCUGUUUCAAUAGCACAAAUAGCCUGACCGUUGCUGGUGACGAAACCCUUAUUAGGGAAUUGAAAUCCCGAUUAGAACAGCAGGGACUCUUUGCCAGGAUAUUAAAGGUUCCCGUUGCUUAUCACACCUCGCAUAUGAUCCCUAUUAGUUCGGCAUAUAGACGGCUCAUCGGAAAACUACUUGAAGGAAACAUCCCCUCUCAUCAUAUGAGUAUGAUAUCUUCCGUCACCGGAGACUUCAUUUCGGCGGCCGAGCUUCGAAGCCCCGACUAUUGGGUUACAAACAUGGUCUCUCCGGUACGCUUCAAUAGUGCAGUUGAACGCCUACAUCGUAACUCCAUGAGGACAGUGGCAAAGAAAAUUGAUCUAAGUCAUCGCCAGUAUGCCAAGAUAUCUGAUCUGGUCGAAAUCGGCCCACAUUGUGCUUUACAAGGACCAAUUCGCGAUAUAGGCAUGUCUAUAAAGCCGCCGAGGCAAGACCAAGUUUCAUACGGGUCCGUUCUAGUAAGGGGGAAAGCAGCAGAUAUUACUUUGCUCGAAUUGAUCGGAAAGCUCCACUGUCUCGGUUUUGAUGUUGACCUUCGGCUUGUCAAUGGCCCCUAUGAAGUAGCAGGUAGAUUAUCGAAAACAUUCAUAACGUUACCCGAAUAUCCUUACGACAAUUCACAGUUUUACUGGAACGAGUCAUGCACCGCGAGGAACACCAGACUUCCUCUAUACCCAUAUCACGAACUCUUGGGACUUCCAGUAGCGGACUGGAAUCCAUUAGAGCCUCGUUGGAAAAAUAAUCUGAAAGCAUCGUCAAUUCCGUGGUUAGAGGAUCAUCAAAUCAACAGAGAAGUGAUAUAUCCCGCUGCAGCCAUGAUUGCGAUGGCGAUUGAAGCUAUCACUCAAGUGUCGGGCGACCGUACGAUAACAGGAUAUGAACUGAGAGAUGUGCACUUUCAUACAGCACUCCCGAUCCCCCCAGAUAAUAAUGGUAUUGAAGUGCAAUUACAUCUCAAGAUUUUGCAAGAUCCAUCCGAAAGGUCAAGCUCUUGGGCCACAUUCUCCUUAUAUUCAUUCAAGGAAAGUUUCGUGGAAAUUUGCCGGGGGUCGAUAAAAGCAACCUUUUCCACUCUAAACAAUCUCGAAUUCGACGAAGAACAACAACAAGUUGACUAUAAGAAUGAUCUUAUUCGAUCUAUCGCUUCUUUAGAUUACACCGAGAUUGAUUCAACAGAUUUCUAUGCGACUCUGUACAAGAAUGGCUAUCAUUAUGGCCCGUCCUUUCGGGGUAUUCGUCAGUCAAUAUGGAGUAACACAAGAGAAGAAGGGGUGGCUAGUGUGUCAAUGCAAAGUCCAGAUGAAUUUCCAAUCAAAGACUUCGCGGCAGUCCACCCAUGUAUGCUUGACAAAAUCCUCCAAAUGGCUGUUUUCGGGGGUGUCCAAAAUAAUGGUAACAAGACUACAACAUGGCUUCCUACAUAUAUCUCCAGGAUGUGGAUUGCGAGCGCAUGCUCUAGAGAAAUAACAUCUACGGAUGAACUACAGGUCUACGCAACCAGCCAUCCCAUAAGCUCCAGGCUUAGGAGCUCCGAUAUCUGCGCCAUGGAUAAAAAUAAGACUAGACGGCUCAUCGAGGCAGAAAACAUCGAGACAACUCUAGCGGUAUACAAUACGUCGCAUCACGAGCCAAUGAACCAACUGAAAGUGAGAAGGCUAUGCUACGACCUCGUAUACAAACCUGCUUUGUAUGCGACUAACCGUGUCGCAUUUGAAAAAUAUGUGGAACAAUAUAACUCCAGCGAACCAUCAAUAGCUAAGUUCUUUCAGAAACUGGCUGCGCUUAUUCUCACUUCCUUUUCCCAACCAGUGACUGGGGUAGCUACCUUCUACAAUUCCAUAACAGAACACAAGUAUGAAAAGCAGUAUAACUCAACAAAAUAUCAUCGGGAUUCAAUUACGCAUCAUGAAUCCCCGGAAUUCCUGGAUUGGCGGGACCGCACCAGCGACUUCAUGGUCGAUGAGUUAUAUAGUGGCAAAACAUACGCUCGUACUGGAAUUAUACUCACCCAUUUUAGCGAGUAUCUUCUCCAUGUUUUCAAUGGGCAUCAAUAUCCCGGUGGUUUAGAUAUAGGCCACCUAACUAGCAUGGCCGAAGAGAUUGUUAACAACCAGGUUGAGGACACUCGAUUUCAGAGUUCACUGCACAGACUCAUUGACACCAUGGCCCAUAAAGACCCUAACAUGAGGAUAUUACAAACAGGAGCCAGGAUCACUUCAAUUACAUGGCACAUAAUCCGCGCCCUGGAGUUACAAACUACCGAAGGCGUCGUUCACCGGUUCUCUUGCUUUGAUAUUACCGACGUCUCCGAAGAGAAUCUUGAGUCUAUCUUAAGUGCACUGGGUACAUUACCUAAAACUCGAAUUCGUUCAUUCGACCCUGGGCAAGAUCCACUUUCUCAAGGGUAUGAAGAAAGCUCCUAUGACCUUAUCAUAACCGUUGAAACACCUUGUACCGUAGAAAUCAAACGACGACGGUUAGAGAACCUAAGAAGGCUAUUGAGACAGGGCGGGAAUAUACUCGUUAUCAACUUCACAUAUCCCAUUUUCAUCAUUAGAAACUUGACUCUUCGUCACAUUCCCGCACUAUGGAAAGCGAAGGGAAUGCAAGAGUUAGAUGAACUUGGUGUGGAGGAAACGCGAUGGCUCAAAUACCUGAAAUCAAAUGAGAUUGCUGGGUUUGACCUGGCAUUCCCCGCUCCCUAUUUCGAAGGAAAUCCAUUUGUAACCAUUUCCAUCUCGUCUAAUAUUGAAAGGCCGAAGAGCUUCCGAGAACUACAGCUCUCUCAAGGCAAAUCAAUUUUCAUCAUCAGCGGCUUCGACAGAUAUCUAGAGUCCUCACUAACAAAGCUAAUUGUUUCAAAGCUCAAGGCCACAUAUUCUAUGGAAGUACGAGAAAGUUGUUUGCACGAAGUGUCAACACAAGUGGAUUCUAAUUGCUGCUUGGUUAUUGUCGUGCCGCAUCACCACCAGUGGCUGAAGCUUGAGAAUCUAAACAGCAAAGAAUAUUCAGCAUUACAUACAACGCUCAGUCGAUAUAAGCACAUACUAUGGAUAUCAGAAGCCGAUCUGUCUUCGGGUCAGGUUCCCGCGAUAGGUGCGGUUCAGGGCUUAGCCAGGACCCUUCGGAUGGAAAACAGUGACCACAUUUUUGCCACGGUCGGCUUUGACACCUCCUCUACAACCGCUCUAGAAGAAAAUCUUGAGAGUGUUCUGUGGAACUUUCUAUAUGGGGUGGGAUCGGGAUCUUAUGAGCCAGAGCUAGUCCAAAUCGGUGAACUACUUCAUGUUCCUCGAAUUUAUGAAUGCGACUCUUUGAACAACCGAAUUCACGAACUUUCGUCAAAACCUACCCAAGAGUUGAAGUCCUUUGGGCGUCAUAACCUGUGUUUAAAAGUGCGACAACCAGGACUUUUAGACACAUUGCAAUUCGAGGAAGUAUACGAAUCAAACCGACUCGCCUCCGACGAGAUAGAAAUUGAAGUAAAGGCUAUAGGUGUCAACUUCAAAGAUUGUCUCGUAGCUCUGGGGCGUGUCCCCGAUGAUACUAUGGGGUGCGAAUGCGCUGGUGUAGUUGCAACGGCGGGCCCCCAGUCGGGAUUUCAGCAGGGAGAUCGCGUUUACGCGAGUGUUAUAGAUACCUUCAGGAGCCGGCUGCGAUGCUCAGGGAUGUUAGCUACGAAGAUACCGAACGGGAUGACGUUUAACGAGGCCAGUGCAAUACCAGUGAACUUUGUUACGGCGUAUCAUUCACUGGUUGUGGUUGCGAAACUCACUCAAAGAGAGUCUGUUCUAAUACACUCCGGAGCUGGUGGAACGGGACAGGCUGCUAUUCAAAUUGCCAAAAUAUGCGGCGCGCAAGUCUUCACUACCGUGAGCUCAAAUAAAAAGAAAGAAUUACUCAACACUCUCUACGAUAUACCUACGGAAAACAUCCUCAAUAGCAGGGAUCUCUCUUUCGCCGACGGGAUCAGACGCCUCACGCGAAAUAGGGGUGUUGAUGUCGUACUCAAUUCCUUGGCGGGAGAUGCCCUCGUCGCUUCAUGGGAGUGCGUCGCCUCGUUUGGCAGAUUUAUUGAAAUCGGAAAGAAAGACAUAUUUUCUCACAACAAGCUGCCAAUGCUUCCAUUCGCUCGGAACGUAUCAUUCAGCGCCGUUGACAUAGCAGCUAUGGUUCGAGAAAAGCCAAAACUGAUACAAGAUUCCAUGCUAGCUAUCUCCGACCUUUUCAACAGAGGUGUUUUGCAUAUGCCUUCACCAAUUAAAUCGUUUCCCAUAUCCAAAGUUGAAGCUGCCUUCCGCUAUCUUCAGAGUGGUACCAAUUUUGGAAAAGUCGUUGUUGAGGUGGACCCAGAUGAUGAGGUUUUGGCAACAGUUACACAUGUAUCAAGCUGGGAGUUCGGCCAAGAUGAGACGUUCGUGAUUGCUGGUGGCCUCGGCGGACAAGGCCGAAGUAUCUCCAAAUGGAUGGUUUCAAAGGGGGCUAGGAAUCUUGUCUUACUGUCCCGCACAGGACCGCGCGACGAGAAUUCGAUACGCUUCAUACGAACUCUGGAGAGAAGGGGAGCUACAGUUUAUACGCCUCAAUGCGAUAUAUCCGAUGCAACAUCGUUAAGCGCAGUGCUUGAUUAUUGCAAGCUCCAUAUGCCACCGAUCAAAGGUUGCAUUCAAGCAGCAAUGGAUAUCAAAGACUCCAUUUUUGAGAACAUGAGCUACGAAUCGUGGACUGCAUCUCUGAAGCCAAAGAUCCAUGGUUCAUGGAACCUACAUCAACUACUGCCACGAGACUUGUACUUUUUUAUCAUGUUCUCGUCUAUAUCUGGCAUAAUCGGAUCCCAAGGACAGUCCAACUAUGCGACCGGCAACACAUUCCAAGAUGAGUUGGCUAAAUAUCGACUAAGUCGAGGGGAAAGAGCCGUUUCUUUGGAUCUUGGUAUCCUUAGCAGCGACGGAUACCUUGCGGAAAACCAAGACUUUCUUGUUAGAUUUGCGAAAAUCAAGCAAAUGUUACCAAUCGACGAGGCCGAAGUCCUUGCUCUCCUCGAACAUUUUUGCGACAAAUCUCUUCCGCCUGAUCCAACACGAUCUCAAGUCGUUCUUGGUCUCGACUUACCCCAGAACAUCAAGGGUCGAGGCUUAGAGCCCUCAAGGUGGACAUACGAGCCGAUGUUCGCAAACCUUCAUCAGAUGACCUCACGUACCCCUAUUUCCAACGACGUGGAUACUGCGGUUGAUAAGGGCCCGAAGUUGGCUGAACAAGUAGCUGCUUCGAGAUCAUUAAAUGAAGCCGCCGGAAUUCUAGCGAAUGGUCUCGCAUUGAGGCUUGGAACAGUCUUCUCUUUGCCAAGCGAAAGCUUUGACUUGAACCAACCCCUCCAUAAUUACGGGGUAGACUCCCUCAUCGCUGUGGAACUGAAAAAUUGGUUUCUUCAGACCCUCAAGGUCGACCUGGCCAUCUUUGAAAUUUUGGGCGGCGCGACCGCCAUGACACUGGGGCGAGCAGCGGCGGAGAAGAUGCGCUCGUGGACCUAAGCAUUACGGGGUUGUUUGCUGAAAUAAGUACUACUCGUAUGCAGUAUUUUUGUUUAUUUCUAAGGACGGAACAUACUUAUGCUACCUAAAGCCAAUUCUGGAAGGUGAUAUUUCCGAGAUAUAUAACCUGACGAGCAGAAAAUUGUACACCCUUAAUAGAUUGUUCUGAGAUUUUCAAAUAAUAAGCAACAUGAUUCAAUCUUGA